UUCUCCUCCCUUCUCCCUUACCGACCGCCAUAUUGUUUGCGAUACUUCGUGUGCACGCAUUCCGGUUCCUCGUCGUUCUUGCUAGCGCGUGUCGCCCGCGUAACGACGCUCUUCUCGCGGACGGUGUCUCGAAAAAUCGGCAAACAUUUCGCGCAAGGGCAACAUGAAGAAGAUCAAGGACUAUUCGGACGAGGAUGAUUACGAGGUGGACGAUCCGGACUAUCCGGAGGUCGAGGGUGCCUCCGAGGAGGAGUGGACUCCGGAGGCCGGGACCGAGGCUGGCAGUAAAAUAAGGCCACAGAGAGGAAUGGCAAAAAAACGACAGCACUCCGAAGAAGAGGACGAGGAGGAAGAAGAGGAGGAGGAGGAAGAUGAAUUUGAGGAGGAUGAAGAAUCUGACUCUGAUGGAGGGAAAAAGUCAAAGAGAAAAAGGCGCUCUAAGAAAGAGGACGAUGAAAAGGAAGACGAGGAAGAAGAGGAUUCUGAUGACAACAGUUACAAUGAAUCAGGAGAGACUCCAAAAGAAUAUACAUCUGGUUCAUUCGUUCUUGCGAAAGCUGACCUUGAAUCUAAUAAGAAUAAGGAAGAUAACUUAUCUAGUAAGGGUAAGUCCGACGUAGAAUCGAGCGCUUAUCCAACCUUGUGGAGGAUAGAUGGAAAAGCAUUGCUCCAAAAGUUUCUACCUUUUGAAGAAGAUGGAAAAGUACUGUACAAAAGCACAACGACGUAUUCUGGAUGGCAACAAAGUAACAAAGACAAUUACAUAGCGGUCCAGGUGUCCUUUAAAGUGCAAAGUAGACAAGAGACAAUUGUUGAACUUCAUUUUGAUCCAUCGCAACAACAAGAAGUUGUAAAGGAUGAUAAAGAAGACUAAAUUAGAUUGUGUUUGCCCUUAUUUGUUUAUAUACGUCUUAAGAAAACAUAUGUUGUAAGCAAAGAUAAGACAAAAGCAUCCACAUCUACAUGUACACUAUCCACGAACAUAUUUACAGUUUACACGUACACAUGGAUGAAGUUUAUGACAUGGUAUUGUGUAGCAGGUUCAUAUUUAAAAUAUAAGAUUGGAUGGACCAUGGUUCUGAAUUUAUUACUGAAAAUUAGCUUUAGCUAAUAAUUGAUAUCUCUGACAGAAUAUACGUGUGAGCUUCAAUUACCAAGAGAACUACUCGCAAGCAUGCGUCGUAUUUACAGAGUUUAGUAAAUGCGAUAUCCAAUAAUUUGAGGAUAAUUUGCGUCUUCGACAGAAAUUCAAUGUUACUAGUGUAAAGGAUGCAUGUUGAUGUUCAAUUUUUUUUUGUAAUGUAAUUGUUGGUAUGUUCGUUAUUUAAACUCUAUUUUACAGUUGCAGCAUUGGCCUUGUGACCUAUGUAGCCAUUUAUAGCGUGCCCUUAGUUAGAAACAAAUGGGGACUAUCAUUCAUAUCUCAUAUUACAAUAAAGAGAUAAUUUCAAAUUUGAUACAAAGAAACGGUAUAAAUUGAGUCUUAUAAAUUACGUUGAUUAUAAAUAUGACUAAUAUACAUUGCGAUAAAUAUUAUUUUUAUAUAUACAUCUUUUUUGGAUCAGAUUUAGAAUUGGAAAAAAAAAAUGUUAAUGUCCAAGAAAUGUAAAGAAAAAGGACUUUACACAAAAAAAUAUUUCUUACUGUUCCCAUAACUGCUACGGGCGAUGCUAGUCUUGUGUGUCGCUUAAUCAUAAGAUGUGUAACAAAAACUAACAAUUACACUUUCAGAAUAAUUUGCAUUGAUAUGUUUUAUUGAGUUUGUAAAGAGGAUCAGUUGUACAGAGUUAUAUUAUUAUUGACGAUCAUAUUUUGUCACUUUUUUUCAAAUAGUUCGUUCUCGUGGUAUAUCUACAAAAUUGUUAUUUCGCAUAGUUCUCAUGUUGUUUUCUAAGAACCGACAUAGUUUCGCAAUUAUUUUUGACAAGUAAGAGUACAUUUAAAAUAAAUACCUGGAUACUUUAUAGUAUAAGCAGUUUGUUUCUAUACGAAGUGUUGUAAACAGUAAAUUUAGUGGCAUAAUUAGUUGAUAAAUUCGAUAGAUGAGAGUUAUGGUUAAUAUACAAAGAAAAAUAUAAAACUCAAUUGUGGUAAAUAUUUAUUGAGUUCUCCCACAAUUGUACAUUGUACCUUAAUAAUACAACGCAUCUAUUUUGUUUGUAUAAUUACUUUCUGGGAUAGUUUAAAUAAGUAAUACUUCUAUAGUAAUCUUAGUAGGAUUUCAUCAUUUGAUAAGAUUGUAUAAGAACUUAGAAAAUAUAUCAUAGAUAGACUGAUUUAUCAUGUAAAAUGUGGAUGUUUAUUAUGGAAAAUCUAUUAUGUAAAUGUUAACAAAAUUUUUCAUUUGUAUUGGACCGGUUUUUUUUAACAAUUUUGUAUUUUUAUGCAAACUAUAUGAUUUUAUCGUAUAUCAUGACAAAAUAAAGUGCAUUUUUCUUUAUUAAACGAUAUUAUGUGACUUAAGGAAAAUUAAAUUCGCAUUUAGUAAUAUCAAAUAAACUUCCAAUUGAUGUUAGCAUCUUAAGCAAAAUUAAGUAAAAAAAUGGACAGACUUAUACAUACAUUUCAUAAUAUAUAUAUUAAUUUAAUGUAUUUAACUUUUUAAUCUUUUCUUCUCCCUUCCUGAAUAUAUUUUUGUAGGUAAUAGUGUUUCGUUAUUAAUAUUAAAUAAUUUGCAUUUGGCUGAUCUCAAGAACGAGCCUGUUGUAUUGUUUUGUUUUAAUUUACAUCGUCCUUUUAUUUUAUUUAUUAAAUCGCAGAUUUCUUUUAGUAUAUUAGACUACUGAUCCCGUUGUUAGAUUAAAGUUAAAUAAAUGUACAUUGUCUAUAUCUAUAAUGUGAUAUGUGGAAAUAUACUAUUAUUCAAGAA